GAGGAGCGAGGAUAGAGGGAAGAAUACAAAACAUUUUUGGAAAACAUGUGAUUUGUAAUGCUAUUACUUUGUUAUUAAAUUAACAAUCGGUAAUACAUAUUUAAAUAACUAAAGAAAAGUGCAUCUUAUUAAUAUUUAUUAUUUGUAUAAAAUAAGUAUGUUUACAAAGUUUUAAGCUUUAACAAAGAUGAGUCGAUGUGAUUUUAAAAUCGUUCUCUUAGGCAGUGAACAUGUCGGUAAAACCAGCUUGGUUCUGCGAUUUGUUAACUGCAGAUUUAAUUCUGGCACUCCCUACCAAAACACAAUCGGAGCAGCAUUCUGCGCCAAGCAAAUGCAGUCAAAUGGCAAAGACUUCAAUGUUGGCAUAUGGGAUACAGCCGGCAGUGAAAGAUACGAAGCGAUGACCAGAAUGUACUAUCGGGGGGCUCACGCAGCUAUCAUCUGUUACGAGGCCUGCUCCCAGGCCUCUUGGACCCGCUUGAGGCAUUGGCUGCUGGAGCUGAGGACUGUUGAAGAAGACUGCAAAGUCUACCUAUGUGGCACUAAAAAAGACCUUCUCGACAGUGGUUCGGUGCAGCGGGAGGUACCGGAGGAUAUCGUGGCCACGUACUCCCAGGGUUUAAGAGGCCACUUUCUAACUUCCAGUAAAACAGGCGAAAAUAUUGAUGAACUCUUCCAAAAGAUCGUCGACGACUGCGCGGCGGAUCUCAGGGUGAUGAAGAACGUGGAAGAGGCGAGGGUUCAGCUGGAGAAAGAGGACGCAGCGUACAGAGCGAAGCGGAAAGACUACUGCUUUUGUUGACACCUAGUAAGCACUUAAUGGAUAACGCGAAUUUAUGCUGUGUUUCUACACCCCGCGGUUUUCAUCCCCAAAAUCCCUAUAUUCACCCCCAAUCAUAAAGUCGCGUAAAAUUACAAAGAGGCACUCAGGGUGAUGAAGAAAGUCGAAGGAGCGAAGGCGUAGCUUUAGAACGAACACGCAGCGUCAAAAUCGAAAUGGAAAUACUACUACUUUGCUGAUAUUAAGAAAUAAACUACUUAAAAGAAAACGCUAACAAAAAAUGCCCAGUUUUGACAUUCCGCGGUUUUCGUCCCCAAAAUCCCUAUCUUCACCCCCAAUCUUAAAGACGCGUAAAAUUACUACAGAGGCACUCAGGGUGAUGAAGAAAGUCAAAGGAGCGAAGGCGUAGCUUUAGAACGAACACGCAGCGUCAAAAGCGAAAUGGAAAUACUACUGCUUUGCUGAUAUUAAGAAAUAAACUACUUAAAAGAUAACGCUAACAAAAUAUGCCCAGUUUUGACACUCCGCGGUUUUCAUCCCCAAAAUCCCUAUCUUCACCCCCAAUCAUAAAGACGCGUAUAAUUACUAUAGAGGCACUCAGGGUGAUGAAGAAAGUCGAAGGAGCGAAGGUGUAGCUUAAGAAAGAAGACUCAGCGUCAAAAGCGAAAUGCAAAUACUACUGCUUUCCUGAUAUCGAGUAAUAAACCACUUCGUAGAAAAUGCUAACAAAAUAUGCCGAGUUUUGACACCCCGCGGUUUUCAUCCCCAAAAUCCCUAUAUUCACCCCCAAUCAUAAAAACUCGUACAAUUACUGAAGAGGCCCUCAGGGUGUAGAAGAAAGUAGAAGAGGUAAAGGUGCAGCCAGAGAAAGAAGACGUAGCAUACAGAACUAAACGCAAAUACUACUGUAUUACUUUGAAACCGGAGCAUCCUCAGGAGAUGUUGACUUUACAACGAAUAAUUGUUAAGAUCGCAGAUAAAAAAAUCAAAAUUGAUUGAAUUGUUAGAUUGUUAAGAUUAAAAAGACUGCUUGGAUGGUAAAACAAGAGGAGAAAAAAUUGUUUAAGAGUAACAAUUUCUCUAAUGUUCUCAAAAGUGUGUGGAGUUCACCAAUCU